AUGGAUAACGCUCCUUCUACACGUCCGUCGUCCCUUGAGAAUAGCACCAGUACAACCAGAUCUCGUUCGCUCCCACGCAAACAAGCAUCAUACGAUGCCUCAGCCUUGACCAUAAACCCGUCCCCUCUCCUCACCUCGUCUCUCCACUCCCGCAACUCGGCCACAUCUGCGCAAGAGUCGGCAUACCUGAAGCGAGCACGCUGGCUUGGAUGGGUUCGACUCGGUCUUGCCUUGCUCACACUUGGCUCUGCCACGGCCGCUGCUGGCUGCGCAGGCCACGUUCUGCGCAGGUAUAACGCAACGCACUUGGCCAGCGGAUGGCAUCUAUCUCUUUGGCCUCUAAACGUUGACUUGAGACCUACCUUGGCCGUUGUGGCUUCUGCUGCCAUAAUCACCGCUGCCAGCCUCGGGUACUUGGUGCUCUGGCUGAUCCCAAGCCCACACUCCCGCACGCUGUUGUACAACUUUGUCUUCCUCGGCUCAUCGCUUGUCGGCGUAGUUCUCUGCGUUUUCACCAUCCCGUUCAACUUGAUCCUGGUCAAUCCGUCAAGUCAUCAUCAGCGGGAGUCACUGCAGUCUUGGACUUGCAAAUUUUCCGAUGGCGCUUCUCGAUUCAACUCCGAUGCCCAGUCACUUCAAAUACCAGUCUUUGCCACCCACGGCGUUCCCGUGCCUGCCGGAUUCGAGAGGCUGUGUAUGGAGGCUCAGGUGGGCACGGGCCUGAUGAUUGCAGUGUUGGUCUUGGAGGCAGCUAGCUGCGCCCUAGCCGGCGUGGGGAUAUUGCUAGAAAAACAGAUGACCAAGGCAAGAAGAGAGAGGUAUGCCAAUUGUGAAAAGGGUGAGCAUGGGUCUUAG